UGCUGUCUCAUCAGUCCGUCGUCAGGCGCCUUCCCUUACCCUUCCCAAGAUCUUGUUCUCUUCCGCUGCUCAGAAGCUUCUGUUAGCGCCACAUGAUCAGGAUGAAGAUCUUUUUGGUGCUUACAACAUUGCUCUACGGAGCCCUAGCUGCCGAGUUGAACCACGUGAACGGAUUUAAGAACUUCCAGCAUCAAGGACCAUCCCUUGUCUAUCAAAGUCCAGCUCGCCAAAAUCAACAAGACUUGAGCGCUCAGUUUGAUUCUUUUCAGGCUUUUCAGCCUCAGCAGCCUGAUUUUCAGGUAGAACAACAGAGCUUCCAGCUUCAGCAGCAAAAUUUUCUUCCGCAACAACAAAAUUUCCAACCUCAACAGCAAGCCUUGCAGCCUCAGCAACAACACUUCGAAUCGCCGGAGCAACCUCAGCAGAUAGUUUCAGAGGACGUUCGUUCGUCUUCAUCAGUUGGUGCGGCAAUCUCGGUUGAUAACAUUCAACAAUCAUCUGUUGAUGAGCAGCCUCAGGUUACGAAUUUUGACCAGGGUUUUGCACAAUCGGGAGACCUGCAGAUCAUUGGAGUGUCUUCUAACCUGGCAUCCAUCAGCAAUGUCCAAAACUCCGUUCAACUCCAGCCCGUCAGCCCGUCUCAGAGUCUGGACAUCGUCCCUGCCAGUCUCAUGCUGCACAUGAACGAUGAAGGGGAUCAUAGCAGCGUGGCAAAUGAUGUGCUCAAUGUCCAAGAAGUCUCAACUUCUCAAUCAUUUACUCCCAACCACCAAGAGAAUCAAAAUCUAGCAAGUCCUCAGGUGCUUCCACGAACCUACAAAUCCCCGCAGUUGGUGCUGGUCAACCAGGGUCAACAGCAGCAAAUUAACGUUCCCCAGACGCUUCCAUUUAUAUUGAAUACCAAUAAUGUUCCCAUUAACAACGUUCAAGAGCCUGCUGUUGAACAGAGACCUGAAGUGUCAGGCGUUUUCUUCGAGCAAACUAUUCAGUCCAGCCCCCAGGUUCAGGAUGAAAUCGUCCCUGAUCUUCCACAACCCCAAAUCGCUGAACAACCUGUAGAGCAACCCUUUGAAGUCAUCGUCAAUGAUGAGGAGACGACCGAUAGUCCCUCCGUAGCCACACAUGAUACUUUCAGCGAAGAUUUAGUUGCCACGAAACCGCUGACGAGACCUGAAUUUAAACCUACAAGUGUUGCUCGCGUUCGUAAAAUUGAAACAACACGUUGUGGUGAUGGCCUACUUGCAGACGCAAGAGGUGACUGUGUCGAACCACAAAUCGUUCGCAACGUGUACUUAUAUGCCGCUCCUAAGCAGGAACGCAAAUUCAAAACUUUGAAGUCCGUUCCUAAGCCUAAGAUCGAGUACAACAUCGUGUUCGUGCGCAGCCCAGAUAAGGACGCCCUGUUCAAACCACUGGUUGCACCAGCUCCUCAGCAGAAGACUUUAGUAUACGUUCUUAACAAGAAACUUGCAGCAGAAGAUCAAGAUCUCAUCGAAGUCCCGGUGCAUCCUAAACUUGAACCUGAAGUUUACUUCGUCAAUUACGGGGAAGAUGAAAAUCCUCAGCUUCCAGGCGGCAUUGAUCUGCGUACUGCUCUUAGCGAAGUGGCACUGGAAGGAACUGUGAUCGGAGAUGCGUCGGGUUCGCUCACCCACUUUGUCGAAUCAGUCGAUGCCCCUGAAAGUUUCGCUGUCGAAAAUUUAGAAGUUGUAAGGCAAGAAGAUGAUGCGUCUGCCGACAGUUUUUUCGUGGCCACGGCUGAUGAUGACAUCGAUGUACAGACUGAAGCAUCUGAGGAAGGAUACAAAUAUCCUGAGUCCUCUGGCUUUGAAGUGAGAUCUUCUAUCAACAAUGGGAAUGAACAAUAAAAUUUCGCCAUUGUGCAUCCUAAAUCCUUAAAAUAGCUUCAAUAGAGAUAUUUAUUUUGUCUAUGAUUUAAUGGUAAUUUCUUCUCCUCUGUUCUUAACUGGAAUUUAAUAAUGCAAAUUUUUAUUUUAAUCUAUGGUAGAAAGUAGAAUAAAUAGAUAGUACCUGUAUACGUGCUUGUAAAACCUAAAAUGUUUCAGAACAAAUUUCAACAGAAGCCAUUGACUGUAUUCCAGCAAACUCUUAGGAAUAAAAUAAUAAUGGUUUUACGCCAGAUCCAUUGUAAUUUUGAAAUUUUAUUUUUUAGUGAUCAAUGAGGAUUCUUCUGUAUAAGUUACCACAAGAUCAAUUUUUCUAGCCUCCGGAGACAUUGGCGUUUUGAAAGUAAGAUUUUGAUAGUAAAUUUUACAUGUAGUUUUUUAUUAUGAUUUGCGCCAUAUCAUUUCGAUUUAUUUUAUUUAUGCUUUAUAUUCAGCUUUCGUUAAGGCACGAAAAGUUCUUUUAUGUUCAUUAAGCUCAAUAGUUUUUAAUCUCAUGGCAAAAGGAAUCGCAGCUUAAAUACAAUUUACAUCUUAAUUA